CUUGCUGGGCUGGCUCUCCUCUCCUCUCCUGUCCUUCGCUGCUCCUUGCCGGGCUCUACCCCGCCCGUUCGCCGGGGCCCAUGUACUGGAAGCAUGAGAACUGCGCCGCCCCAGCGCCCGCGGGCGGUCGCCUCCCUUCUGAAGGGGUCCCCGCCGACCAGGUGAUGGCUCAGCCAGGGCCGGGCUGUAAAGCCAGCUCCCGCUGCCUGGAGGGAACCGCGCCGCCCAGCAUGGCUCAGUCGGACGGAGAUGCUCUGCCCGGGGGCCUAGACAAGGACGAGGGACGCUCUUCCCCCUGCACACCCAGCACCCCUUCAGUCUGUUCACCUCCCUCUGCUUCCUCCUCGGUGCCAUCCGCAGGCAAAAACAUCUGUUCCAGUUGUGGUCUCGAGAUUUUGGACCGCUACCUCCUCAAGGUCAACAACUUGAUCUGGCACGUGCGAUGCCUGGAAUGCUCUGUCUGUCGCACAUCUCUUCGGCAGCAGAACAGCUGCUACAUUAAGAACAAGGAAAUCUUCUGCAAAAUGGACUAUUUCAGCCGGUUCGGUACCAAGUGCGCCCGGUGUGGCCGACAGAUCUUUGCCAGUGACUGGGUGCGACGGGCACGGGGCAAUGCUUAUCACCUGGCCUGUUUUGCCUGCUUCUCCUGCAAGCGGCAGCUCUCCACAGGCGAGGAGUUCGGGCUGGUGGAGGAGAAGGUGUUGUGCCGCAUCCAUUACGACACUAUGAUCGAGAACCUCAAGAGAGCAGCUGAAAACGGCAAUGGAAUAACAUUGGAAGGGGCCGUGCCAUCUGAACAGGACAGUCAACCAAAGCCAGCCAAGAGGGCACGGACAUCCUUCACAGCUGAGCAGCUGCAGGUAAUGCAGGCCCAAUUUGCGCAGGACAACAAUCCUGAUGCACAGACACUUCAGAAGCUGGCAGACAUGACGGGCCUUAGUCGUCGAGUUAUCCAGGUCUGGUUUCAAAACUGCCGAGCCCGCCAUAAAAAGCACACACCCCAGCACACAGUGCCACCCUCUGGAGCUCCACAGUCUCGUCUCUCCUCUUCCUUGUCUGAUGACAUCCACUACUCCCCCUUCAGCAGCCCUGAGCGUGCCCGCAUGGUCACCCUGCAUGGAUAUAUAGAAAGUCAGGUACAAUGUGGGCAGGUGCACUGUCGGCUUCCUUACACUGCCCCACCAGUUCACCUCAAAGCCGACAUGGAUGGACCACUCUCUAAUAGGGGUGAGAAGGUCAUCCUUUUUCAGUACUGACUACGCAGACUCUUCCGCAUCUGUCUAUGGUGAUUCCACAGCUGCCCCUCAGUCACUGAAAUCCUGUCUAUCUGCCCCCUUAUGAGGCUUCUGCCUCAGCCUUUCCAUUCAUUCCCAUGAACCACCAGCCAGUUCCAGGUCCCCAUUCAGUCACCGGGGACCUUUCCUCCUCUCCUGCUGAAAGCAGGCCCAGAGUUGUGCAGACCAAGGCCAGCCAGCAUGGAUCCCCAGAGCUAUCGGGAACACUCCUGAGGCUACUUCUUGAAAGGCAAAGCUCCCCAAAAUUUGGAAACAGGGUGAAAAAACUUUUAUUUUUAUUGAAGCUGGAGUAAUUUUCAACUUGAGUGAAUUAGAAUUAAGAAAGAAUGAAAUUGUCAGGACAGUAACAAUAUCCAAUUUAUUAUUUUUUAAACAUUGGCCUUUGUUACCCAUUUCCUUGAGACCAUCUAUGAAUUCUGAAUAGUUGACAACUCCAAAUGUUAUCCACUCAGUUGCUUUUGUUUGAGAAACUAUACAGUUUUUAUGGGAAAUUCCCAAAAGAAAACUGUGUUCUAAUUUUAUCAUUUCCAUCUGUCUGGUUGUGUCAAGUUAAUUCAGAGAACAAAGUGAGACUCACCAGCUCUGAGAGCCAUGUAGGAUGCAAAAGAAGAGCUUAGCCAGCCAGAAGAAAAGAUGGCCCCACACUGGGCAUGAUGUCUAUGGGAGUCUUUGAAUCUUUAAGUCAGGGAACAUAUAGCUAACUGCCAGUUUCUAGAAUAUAGCUAUUCCUCUUUUCUCCAGAAUACUGCAAAGCUUAGCUAGGGGGAAAAAACUUGGCAAACCAAGCAGAAAAACUUAACCAUCCACUCUAAUUCUAUCCCAAAGACCGAUUUUUGGGUAUGUCAUAGAGUCUUAGAGUCUCUUAAGUUGAAAGAGACCUUAGGAGUCAUCUCAUCUUAUUUUCAUCAAAAGCAUGCAUCUCUUCCCUGCCAAGUGGCCUUUCAGCCUCUGCUUGAAUACCUCCAGUGACAGGGAACUCAUUUUUUAAAAGACAAUAAUAAAUAGAAACAAGAUGAAAAUCAAGAAGGGAAAAAACUGAUUAGUUCUUCAGGUUAUACGACUUGUAUACAGAGUACAGAGCAAAUAUGUUAUUUUUAUCAGAAUGAUUGCAUCUUUAACUCUUUUGGCAAAUGGGUACAGUAGGGGACAAACAUCUCCAAAUAACUGCUCUGUAUGGUCAGCAUAGAACACAUGCAAUAGCAGGAUAAGGGUAACACUGUGAAAUCAGCCAAUUUAUAGGUUGAACUCUGUGGGAAACUAGAGCCCUAGGCAUUUUAAAAUGAGCAAUUUUUGGAGGGACUGAAUUUGAUGGGCCUGAAUGGGAAUACAAGAUGUGAUUACUUCCCCCAAAAAGUACAAGAGACAGAUUGGGAUGUCAUGGUGUAUGUGUUCUAAAGAAAGGAGCCAAUGGCAAGACAAAAUGAUAUUUCUUAUGAUGGGCUUUAUUUUAAACCUGUCCUGGAAGCUUUCUAUUAGAAAGAUAGGGAGAAAACAGAUUAGGAUUACAGGACCUUUGUGUUCUAAGAAAGCCCCAUAGAAACUAAGAAUGGAACAGCGUCAGCAAUUCUCCUCACUGUUCAGGAGAGAAGGUAAUGCUAGGUUUACCUUUGAAGUAAACUCUGGAAGAUGUUUAGGCCAUCUAAAUAGAACAACAAUAGUCUACUUGCACCCCAUUCCCUCUUCAUCUAGGCAAUUAUUUAUCUCAUGACUAAUGUAACCAGUGAAGGGACAGGAAGGAGUCUGGACCAAGGUUGAGGAAAGAGACUCCUUGAAACGACGACCAACUUUUCACAAUGGGCAAUACCUAUUCUUUGAGGUUUUCAUCAAUUUGCACCCUCCAGGAGAAGUACCAGGCUUCACACCACAAAACAAGACCUGCUUAUUAACUGGCAAGCUACUCCCAAGCAAGAAAACCACUGAAUAUUGUGAUCACCCAGGGCUCUGACAUAGGCUUUUGACAUCUGCCUCAGGGAUAAUCCCCAGAGAGGCCUACUGCUUUUCCCCAUGCCUGUUCCAGAGGCUGUUCCUCAGUGGCGAAGUAAAAAACUCCUUUUCUAGGAAAUAUAUUCUUUUGCAUUUAUUAAGCCCAAGAUUUUCACUCAAAGUCCAGCUUCUAUAUUAGAAACAACAGUGAUUAUGCAUAUUGAAAAAAACCUUAUUGUGCCAAGAAUAUGACUUGUAUUCUGUUAAUUACUAGAUACUUCAAAAUAUUUCAAAAAUCAUCUGAUCCUUUUUUUUUUUUUUGCAACUAUCAUUAAUCAAACUUUAUCUCAGGUCAUUUCUUUUAGCUUCUAUCACAGGUAACUUUGUUUACUGAACAUAUGUUAGAAUGAGCCACAGAAUUCAAGAGUCUGUCAUGAUACAUUAUUAAAAUGUUCUUGAGUAUUAGUUACAGAAACAGCAAGGGCAAACUUGAACAAAAUUUGGUGUUAUAGAAAGGGUCCUACAAAGAGUUUGGUGACUUUGGAAAAGUCUCCUUCCCUCUCUAGGUUUCCACUUCCUAGUCUGCAAAAUUAAAAUGGUCAACUUGUACAACCUCUUAAGAUCCUUUCCACCUUUUCUUUGGUCUAAGCUUCCUUUUAACUCCAUCUAUGUCCUAUUUUUAACAUUCUGUAUUCUACAGUCCCUUUUGGCUAUAAUAGUCAAUGUUCUAUAUUCUAUUCUAAGAUCCCUUCCAUCUCUAAAAUCCUAUAUUUUAAGGUUCCUCUCAAUCUAACAUUCAAUGUCCUAAGACCCUUUCCAUCUUCAUGUGGCAAUCAUUUUUUGAACAUUCAGGGCAGGGCAGGAGAUAAAAUGAGGAGGAGAUCCCAUAAGAAGAUCUCUGGAUUAUAAACACUAUUUAACCUUAACAGCUGGUACCAGAUCUAAGAAAAGGGAGUAUUUUUUGAAUUGCUUACCAAAAUCUUUCCAGUGAUUUCUUUGUUCAUUAUGGUUAAAACCUCUAACCCCAACUUGGAUGGAAAAUCAGUGGGUGAACCAUGUAUAAAAGUCAUUACAGACACAAAUUCAGCUUAAUAUUUUGCCCCAGAGUUCUUUCCCUGAGGUGGCUCAUGUGGUCCCAGAAUGCUGCAGAUCCAACAGAUUUCCACUACUAUGGUUAGAGUAGCUUUGGACACAGCAGGCAGUCAAAACUAAUAUUUAUUUAAAUACAAAACAAAAGGGAAGACGGAAGAAAAACAAAAACAUAAAAAAUAAAAAAAAUUGUAAGCACUUUUUUGUAAAACCAAUGUCUGUUUUGUUACAUACUUUUAAUGUUGUGUGCUUUGUAAAUGUCUUAUUUGUGUAAUAAAUAAAGUUAAUGCAAAUAGAAGUGCUGGCACUUACAUCAAGAAAA